CACGGUAAAAGCGACCACUUACUUGGUAACUCCCCGGAAAAUACGGUUAUUAACCCCGCGAAAACCAAAAACAUUCUGUAAAAAAAUAAAAAGAAAAGAAAAACACCCGCACCGCGAUUCGAUUCCAUAAUAUAAUCAAAUGCAGAGGUUGCUGCUUUCUGAAUUGUGAUCACGGUGAAGGUCCUGGUGAUCAAUCCCAGUGCUUUCGUCGCACACUUAUCAAUUUCACUGAAGAAAAAGUAGCAAAAUUUGCUUGAAGAAUUGGGGAGUCCGUUGCCAACGGAUUUUGAACAGCAAUGGAGGAGUUGUCGUUGGAUAGAUCGGAGUUGCGCAGAAUGCAGAGAGAGCAAGAGCGGGAACGACGGCGCGUAAGGGACAGGGAGAGGAGGCAGUCUAUGACCAUUGAACAGAGAGAACGACAUCUGGCUCGGCGUCGCAGGAACUAUCAACUUAGACGACUGAGAGCUGAAAAUGCUAAAGCAGGGGAUUUCCCGUCACAGCAAAUAAGCAACGAACAGGAUGCAGCAGGGUCAGAAGGGAACAAUGACGUCCGGGAAGUUACUCAGCUCGAAAACCCGACCACGGAACGUCUGCAGUACUCCCAAUGUUUGGAGGCUGCAGCUUCUAGAUCGUCUAAUUUAUCAAAACGGUUGCGUUUGAGUCAUAUAAGGCGGCUUGCGCGGUCGUUGAAUCAUUUAGGCGUCGAGGUUAUUGGUAAUCACCAAAUUGUAGCGGACGUGAUUCCGAAGGGUGAUACCAAUGCUUCUUGUUUCCGAAUUGGCGAUUUUGAUUCCGGGAGGCUUCCAAAUGGACUGCGUUUCAAUCGUGUUAAACGUCUUGCACGAUCAAUAAAUUCUUCUACGAAUGAGGCUUCUGUUAAUGGCCCAAAAGUUGAACAGAUUCCGUCUGCAGAAGAGAUUCGAGCGAUUGGUGAUGAUAAGCCUAAAUUUGGACAAAGUAUUGAUGUUAGAGGAGAAGUAGAAGGACCUAACAUGGAUGGUAAUUCUCAGCUGCAUUUUCAAUGUGCGUAAAUAAAGCAAUGGAUAAACACCCCCUCGUGUACCAACGUCAGGACGUGAACUUUAAUCACACACAAUAAAUGGACUUUACGCAGCUCUUCUCCACAGCUCCACAGAUUUUUUAGUGAAGACUAAUUGUAUGACAGAGAAAGCUAACAGGAUGAGGAAAGCGUGUUGGAUUCAGAAAACUUGCUGGCAAGGCUCGCCGAUCUCUUCAAACAAUUACUCGUAGUCAGAAAAUCGACGAGCUAGAGUUACGUUUUGCUGCGCUGCUGCUGGCAGAUUUUGAUCAGAGGAGGAAGAGAACAUAUUUCAUGAGGGUCUUGAAAUAGGACGAUACUUGUAGACCGCAUUGUCAAUGAAUUAAUUUAUACAGAUUUACUCAUAAGAAGUUCUUUUGGGGGUUUUUAUUCUGGUUUCUUGUUGAUAUUUUGAUCAAGUUUUA